CCUGAAUAUAACCAUAGUGACAUACACAAAUACUUUUGAUAGUUACCAAAUUAUUCAAUGAUUGUAAUAAUGUUCUAAUCACCUUAUAAAUAGUAUAUUACCGUAAACAUCUAUCGAUAUUCAUUCAACUACAUAUGAUCAAAUGGUUUGUAAGUAGUAUCAGUGACAUUUACAAUUAAAUAUUCAUAUUAUAUAUAUACAUAUAAUUAUGCAAUCAACCGAAGGUAUCAUCGAUCAUUGUAAGAUAUGAUGUCCUUUUUUUAUGAUUCUUACAAUCUGAUUGGUUCAUACCACUAUUCACUUUUCUUUCUUCUUCUAAAAAUGCAUUUACUAGAUAUUUAUUCAAUAAUAAUUCAUUGUUUAAUCAAAGUGUAACAAUAUUACACCGAUCGAAUGGAUCAAUAUAUAUAUAUCCAAAUAUGAUCAAAUUAAAUCAAUAAUGAAAGGUUACUAAUUCGAUUUGUUUGAACAUCUAAGUGUUGCAUAACAAUCUAAUAUUGAUAGAAUAUGGGAACUAAUGUGAAGUUAAUGGAAAUCUGACUUAUGUAUAAAUAGUUUAUAAGUAGUAUAGUUUAAUAUUAAUCACUUUAUUAUUAUUAUUAAUAAUACUAUUAAUGGAUGAACUUCAACGUCUUUAUGAACAUCAAACAAUGAUGGCCAUCAGAAUAUAUUCAUUUUUAGAUAAUAUAUUAACUCAUUUACCAUCAUCACGUACUAAUAACAAUAAUGAUAUUGAUAUUGAUACAGUUCAUUCGUUGAAUAAUACACAUAAUUCUAUGAAUACUAAUGAUUAUGUAAGUAGUAUAUUAUCUAGACAAGUGAACAUGGAUCAUCAUCAUCUUCAUCAGCGGCACCAACAAUAUCCAUAUACUACUACUACUACCAAUGUGAUAGAUGAGUUAAAUACUUCUGUUGGAGAUAUAUUUCCUAGAACAUAUGAAAAUACACAAACAUCAUCAUCAUCAUCAAUAACAUCAGUUUCAUCAACAUGGUUAUCUAAUCCACAAAUUUAUUCAUCUACAUUAUAUGAUACGAUUAAUAAUCAUACAAUAAAUAAUAUUAGUAAUAAUAAUGAUAAUGAUUAUAAUGAUUCAAUAACAAAAGAGAUUCAACCUGGAGGUUAUUGUGAUGAAAUAUUCAUUUAUUUAUCGAAUAGUGAAAGACAAGAAUAUUUGUGUACAAUAUGUUACAUGAUACUUAAAGAAGCUUAUCAAUGUCAAAACCAGCAUAAAUUUUGUUAUGGUUGUAUAUAUACUUGGUCUACUGGACCAACAACUGGUCAUGAUAGUUGUCCAGUAUGCAGAUGUGAUGGUUUGUAUGCAAAGAAUUAUGAUUUAAACGAAAGAAUCAAUAAAAAACGUAUUCGUUGUCCAACAGAUGGUUGUAAUUGGAUGGGUUUAUUAAGUGCAUAUCAACAACAUGAACAUCGACGUUAUAGUCCAUAUGAAUUAGAUUUAUUAUUAAUAGAUUGUAAAAAAGAUCAAAUGAAAUCAUCUUCAUCAUCAUUACUUCCAAUAACAACACAAAAUCAAAUGGUACAUAAUAAAGAAAUACCUAUAAAAUUCAAUGAUAUACCACAGAGAAAUGAAUUAUUACACGUCAAUAAUAAUAAUAAUAGCUCACUACUUCACAAUAAUCAAAUAAAUGUGAAUCUUGGACAAGUACCUACUGUAUGUGAACCAAUCAGUCAAUCAACUGAUCAAUUAUCUGAGACUUCAGCUCAAAGAUUGUUAACAACAACAACGGCAAUACAAAGACAAAUACGGCCAUUAAGAAAUGGGAAUAGGCAAAGACAGAGUAGAAUUCAAAAUCGAUCCAUUUUAAGUACAAGUGAGAGUGUAAAUCAAUCAGAAAAUAAUAAUAAUAACAUGGAAGAAACAAGAAUAAAUAAUUCACAUGGAACUACUAAUCAUACAUGUACCCAGGGAUUACAAAGUGAACAUCAACAAAGAAUUCUAAACACACCAGUUCAUUCAAGACGAACAAGAUCACAUGUAGCAUCAAAUACACAUAUAAGUCAAACAACGAAUAAUAUUGGACAUAGACAACGAAUUAAUGUAAGGGAUUCUAGAAUACGUGUUGAAAGAUUACCUAAUUUAAGAAGACAACGACAGAUAAGAAAUGAACAAAUACAACAAUCAUUAACGCAUACAUCUUCUCAAGAAUAUGACAAUGAAUUUAAUUCGACUGAAAUAAAUAGCUUACUAAAUGUGAAUUCCAAUGAUAUUCACAGUCAUUGUUUAGAAGAGGAAUUUAUGGGAGAUCAUACCGAGUUAAAUGUAACGGAUCAACAUUCAGAUAAUCAAAUUAAUCUUCCAGCUAUCAGAUUUAAUGAAACACUCACUUGUAAUUUAAAUACACAGCCUUUACAUAAUAAUAGUAAUGAUGAUGAUAAUAAUAAUAACACUCAGACACUUUUAAUAAAUAAUUCAGUACAACGAACAAAUCGACCACUUGAGUUUCGACGUCUAGUUCCUCAAAGACAAAGAAGAGUAGUUGAACAAUUAAGAGAAACACGUGAACAAUUAGCUGCAAUGCUUCGUCUUAUGACUAUGGAAUUAGAAGAAAGACAAAAUCGUGUUUUAAUUCCAAAUCUAGAUAUUGGUACAAGAACUCGACCGUUAAGAAAUCCAAAUAAUUUAUUUUGUGAGAAUACGGAAGAUAGUACGCCUACACCAUAUGUGAAUAAUACAGUAAAUCGUGAGUUAACGGAAUAUAACAAUCUGCAUACUUCAAACACUCCAAGAAAUGUUCACAGAACAAAUGUAUAUAAUAAUGAUAUGCAAGAGAAUUAUUACACAUCCCAGUCAAUUAACUCAAACAUUCUUAAUUCAGUUAACAGUAACAAUACUAGAGACUUAUCGCGAACACUUCUUACACCGACCUACAGGGAGCAAACUAUUACCAAUCCUUUCACUAAUUUCAAUUCACAACAGAAUAAUAAUAAUAAUAAUAAUCAGUACAACACACCUGUAACAUCAACAACUAAUACAACACUAACGUCUUCAUCACCAUUAAUUUCAACAACACGAUUAUUAGCAAGAUUACGUUUGAAUGCAUUGCAGCAAACAUCCCCAAUAGUUUUCUUUACGUCGAACAAUAAUAAUAAUAUUACUGGAAAUGUAAAUUCAUCUAAUAGACAGGAAAUUCUAUCAUCAUCAUCAUCACUGACAACAAUGUCAUCUUUAUUGACAGGUGAUAGCACUAACAAUGAUAAUGAAUACAAUCAUGACGUCAGUGAUGAUGAAACAGACUGAAACAAUCAACGAAUGUUUCAUCGGGUGAUUAAUGAAAGGAUGAGAACUAUUUUUCGAUAAAUAAUAGCCAGAUAGAUAAUAAGUGUGCAUAAAUAUAUAUACAAAAAAAUAAGAGGUUUCAUUCUAUCUAUAUAAUCAAAUAACUGACAAAAAACACUUUCAAAUAUAGCACUUUGACAGUGUUUUUACUUUCUUGUAUUAGC